AAUCGACAGACAGGUGGGUAGAAGGAUGUCGGUGCCGAGGGGUGUGUCAAAAGCGAACGAGGAUCUAUGGAGUAAGUUCAUCCGCCUGGACUCCAAGCAUGGCGCGUACUACCAAGUCCAAUGCAAAGCAUGUGCGGAGUAUGCCCAUAUCCACGGCGCAGACGCUGCUGUCUUGCAAGGACGCAUCGAACGCAUGAAGACGCACUUGACCAAGUGUCCGCAUGGUGACCCGCUUCGCGCAAUCAACGGCGACGACGAAUCGAGAAUGAAGCGUGCGUUCAGGCAUACAGGAAACGAAGGAUUCGACGGACGAAGGGACUUUGACGAAAAACGGUUCAAGCUCACGAGUGGGGACGGAGAGUACCGCAGUAUGAUAGGAACAAAGCACGUCGAAAGUGAGCGACUGCGAAAGCUCGAGGAAAACAGGGAGCAACUGGAGCAGCAGUUGCUGCUAGAGAAGAUCAAGCGCGAGAAGAUCAACGCGAUGAAGGAGGACCAGCAAUGCAAAGUCGAGUUGCUGCUGUCUCGCCAGACCCUUCGUGAGAAGGGUGUACCCCAGGACGAAAUCGACCUCUUGCUGCCGCUGACUCAGCCCCAGGCAACAGCUUCCUCUACAUUUGUUUGACAAUGUAAUUCACUGCAGUUCAUUGCCUGG